AUGAAGCAAAUUGAUGAGGCGAAAUCGGCGCUGGGUGGACUGCGAUUGAGGAAAACUGAACUGGAGAAAGAUUGCGCCAUGCGAAGUCACGAAACUGAAUUAACUGGUUUCACACAUUUUCAGAAAGUGCUAAUUUUAUUGCUCUUUUCCCACAGUUUGUCUGUAUUUUGGGGUGGAUUCUUCUUUGUUCUUCUGAAAAUGCUCAUUUUACUGCAACAGAUUCUCUGUUGUUUCCGGACACUGAGCGGUCAUUCUUCUGCGCUGAAGUUAAAUCAGGGGAAAUUCAGAAUCAAAACAACAUUCUGA